AUGGAAAAGUAUGAAUUCGGAAGUAAAGAUGUUCUCUGGUGUCAGAUUGAAAACUGGUACCCGAUUUUCAAAAGGUUUUGCCCAAAGACGGAAUUCUUCCCGCUUGAUAAGAGCGCGCUCAACUAUCUGAAAUCAAAUGACAGCAUCGUUUUACCAGAAGAAGAGCCUGAACCAGCCGGUCCUCAGCCGGAUAUCUUCGGUCAAAUUGACUCGGAUGAUGCUUUCUCUGACUGGUCCACGGACGAAGAAGCGGAGUCUGUUCCACACGUGAAUCCAGUCCCAGAUCUUUGCAGAAAAAUUCGCCGGGUCAUUGGCGAGCGUGCUAGAAAAGCUGUCGUUCCCAAAUUGAACUGGAGUUGUCCCUCUGACGCGCUGCAUUUUUCGCCAGAUCAGUCGCUUAAAUCAGGGAUGGAAAUAUGA